CCGAGAGUCCCGGGAGGAGGCUGCGGCCGCGGUGGUGGAGUCCGCUGGGGUCCGCUGCUGCCAGUAUUUUGUAUUAUGACUUUUCAAGAGAAGACAGAAGAGCAUCCUUUUGUGGAUAUAUUUAAUGAAGAUGAAGCUGAAAAAAACUUUCUGUUGUCUAAACCUGUUUGCUUUGUUGUAUUUGGGAAACCGGGGGUUGGGAAGACAACAUUAGCCCAUCAGAUAGCACAGGCAUGGAAAUGUGUUCGCGUGGAAGCCUUACCAGUUUUAGAAGAACAGAUUGCCAGUGAAACCCAAUCAGGAGUUAUGCUGCAGUCCAUGCUGGUCAGCGGGCAGAGCAUUCCAGAUGAACUUGUCACAAAGCUUAUGUUGGAGAGGCUCAACUCCCCAGAAGUCGCUCACUUUGGUUAUAUUAUCACAGAAAUACCCUCACUUUCACAGGGUGCCAUGACUACUUUGGAGCAAAUAGAAUUACUUAAAAAUUUAAAGUUGAAACCUGAUGUUAUAAUCAAUAUUAAGUGCCCCGACUAUGAUUUAUGCCAAAGAGUUUCUGGGCAAAGGCAACACAGUAGUACAGGGUACCUAUACUCAAGAGAACAGUGGGAUCCUGAAGUCAUUGAGAGUCGUAGGAAAAAGAGAAAAGAAGCCCAGAAAGAAGGAAAAGGAGAAGAGGAGGGGGAAGAGGAAGAAGAGCAAGAAGAAGAAGAGGCAUUUAUUGCCGAAAUGCAGGUGGUGGCUGAAAUUCUUCAACAUCUAGUUCAGAGGCCUGAGGAUUACUUGGAAAAUAUUGGGCACACAGUUAAACUUUAUAGGGAAAUAAUUCUUCGUUCUUUGGAAGAAGUAAUGGCUGAACACGAUUCCCAGUAUCUCAUUGAGCUGGAUGGAAAUAAGCCCCCAGAGGAGCUCUUCAUGGCAGUUAUGGAUCGACUUAAAUAUCUGAACCUAAGAAGAGCAGCUGUUUUAACUAAACUUCAGAGUUCAGAGGAAGAAAAUGAUGUAAUGGAAAAUGAUGAACUGCUCCGUACUCUUGCAUCUUAUAAACUUGUUGCACCAAGAUAUAGAUGGCAGAGGAGCAGGUGGGGACAGAUAUGUCCCGUGAUGUUAAAAGAAGGUAACAUUGCUCUAGGAUUGGCAGAUUGUUCUGUGAGUUUUCUAGGUAAAAUAUACUGUCUUUCAUCAGAAGAAGCAUUAAAAACAUUUUUGUUGAACCCGCGUCCCUAUCUCCUUCCACCUAUGCCAGCACCACCAUUUAAAGUCUCCAUCUUUGGUCCGCCAUCUUCAGGGAAAACAACACUUAGCAAUUUGCUGGCAGAAAGUUACAAAGGAAAGGUAGUUGACUACGCCAAGAUUGUUCAACCACGUUUUGAUAAAGCCCUUGAAACGUUAGUGAGAAAUACUAUAGCUGAGAUCACUGAAGCAGCUAUCAAAACUGUGAAAGAACGGCUUCUCACAGAACUACAAGCUAAAAGACAAGCCCAGUCAGCUUUGAGAGAAAUUGAAAAAGAAUUUGAAAGACAGGAAUAUGACAAGUUCCCAACUGAUGAGUAUAAAAGCUUAGAAGACUUCCGCUCUUCACUUGGUGAAGAUGCGUUCGCUCAUGAAUCCCAAGUAGAAGGCUUUUCAGAGGACAAUGAAGAAACCAAAACGACAUCAGAAAAUGUCCUUGAUGAUCAAGCUGCCAGAAUUGAUAAAGAUGAUGAUAACGACGUUUUAUUUACUGAUGAAAAAGAAGUCCGUGAAGUGUCUAUAUUUAAAAGAAGUCCUCAAGACUCUAGUCAAGAUCUAAAGUUGGAUCCAAAACCAGACUCAGUAGAAGACUUACAGGAAGAGGUGACUGCAGAGCAUCCAGAAGUUCUCGCCAUGAUAGAGGAGACUGUGAAAACGGCAAAGGAUAUGAACUUCGAGCAGCCGUAUGAAAAACAUGCUGAAAUCUUAGAGGAGGUCCUCAAAGAAGUAGUUCAAGAAAACAAGGAUAGAUUUGCUGGUGCCCCAAAAUAUGGAGGAUGGAUAUUGGACAACUGCCCUAUUGUAAAAGAACUAUGGCUAAUCUUAAUGGAGAAGGGAAUUAUACCUGAUUUAAUAAUCUGUUUAUUGGAUACAGAAAACAAUGGAAAAUAUUUAUUUCACAAACUGUAUUUGGAGAAUAAAUCUGAAAUUGACUCUAAGAUUUUAGAAAGAUUAUUAGACGAACUACAAAAGAAAAAAACAGAGGAAGAGGCAGCAAGAAAAGCCACAGAAGAGGCACUGAGAAUAGAAGAAGAAAAUCAGAGGCUAAUAGAAGUUAUGAAAGACAAGGCAAAAGAAGUGGAAGAGCCUGAAACUGAGGCUGAAGAGGAGCUUGAAGGUGACGAGUCUGAAGCCCAGGAAAGCGAGACCAGAGGGUUGUUACCUGAAGAGCCGGAAGCGUCUGAGGUCCCUGAAAUAGAACCUGAAUCAGUAUCUGAGAUUACUGAGGAUACUACAGUUGAAAGAGAAAUUCCAAAAGGAUCCAAAGAGGACAUGGAAACUAAAGAAUUACCUGAAACAGUUGUACUACCUGAGUUUCCAGAAGAUGCUUAUCCUGAUGUCCCUGAAAUGGAGCCACUUAAAGAGCAGGUUAAAUCUUUCCGCUCUGCCUGGCAACUGCUGGAAGCAACAAUCAAUGACUCUUUCAUUCAGAUUUUAAAAUUGGAGAUUGCUGACAAAACUCCAGAGGAACUACUUCAAAAAGUGAUGGAGACUAUGGAAAAACCUUUUCAGUACCCUGCAUGGGAGUUAACUUUGGAAGAUUAUGAUGAAGAAACAGAAGACUACCAGGCGGAAGCCGAGGCUGAUGAGGAGCUAGAGGAGGAAGACGAGGAAGAGGAAGAGAAUGAAGACAGAAUUAAAGAGAAGAGGAGGCAUUUGGGAGACACAAAACACUUUUGCCCAGUGGUUCUCAAAGAAAACUUCAUCCUACGGCCAUGCAACACAGAAGAAUCAGCUAAAUAUCGAGAAAAUAUCUACUACUUUUCAAGUCCUGAAGCUAAAGAAAAGUUUUUGGAGCAUCCUGAGGAGUACGUGGCUGGUAAAGAACCAUUAAAGGCUCCACCAUUAAGAAUAUGCCUUUUGGGUCCGCACGGCUCUGGCAAAACUGUCUGUGGAAGACAGCUGGCAGAAAAACUGGGCAUUUUCCACAUUCAGUUUGAAGAGUUUCUUCAAGAAAAACUAAUGCUCAAAACUGAGAAGAAAAUUGGACCUGAAUUUGAGGAAGAUUCUGAGGAAGAACAACUUGCAAGACAAGAACUUGAAGAGCUGGCAAGUCAGGCCAACAUUACGAUUGAGGAAGAAAACACCAAGAAGCCGCCUCCAGAAGUACAACUUACAGAAGAAGAAGAAACAAUCCGAGCAAGUCUAAUGGAAAAUGAGCCAUUGCCUCCCGAAAUUCUUGAAGUAAUUCUUUCUGAGUGGUGGCUUCAAGAACCAAUACGUUCCACAGGUUUUAUAUUAGAUGGUUUCCCUCGGUAUCCUGAUGAGGCCCAGUUUCUGGGGGAACAUGGAUUUUUCCCAGAUGCUGCUGUUAUUAUACAAGUUGAUGAUCAAGAUAUUUCUGAACGCCUCCUUCCUUCCCAAAUGGAAAAGUGGAAACAGAAACAAAAGAAGAAAUUAGACAGGAAAAAACUCAUCAAAGAAAUAAAGGCAAAAAUCAAGGAUGAUAUGAUUUCUAAAAGAAGGGCUGAACUUAUAGCAGAGAGAGAGAAAAACAAGAAAGGGGAGAUUGGUAGAGAAGACGUUGAAUUUAGCGAGGAAGAGCCUGAAGAAGAGGAAGAUGAUAUUGACAACAUCCUCGAAGAGGAGUUUCCGAAAGAUGAAGCGAUGAGUGAGGAAGAUGAAGAACAGGAAAUCGAUGCACUUGAACGCCUGAAAGGCGAACUGGGAGAAAAAUUUGAAACAGAUCUGAGUAAUUUACAAAGCAUACAGGAAGAACUUGAGAAGUUUCUAAUACCGGUAAUUCUCAUUAAUGGAGCCCGGAAAAUUCACAUUGUACAAUAUAUGCUGAAUAUGAAACUGAAACCACUGGUGGAGAAUCGUGCGAGCAUCUUUGAGAAAUGUUAUCCAAUUGCACCACGCCUUGCCCAGAAAAUGCUGGGCCUUACCUACAAGCACAUAAGCUCUUUCGGCUACUGGGACCCCGUAAAGCUAAGUGAAGGAGAGACAUUCAAGCCACUUGAAAAUUCUGAGACUCCAGUUUAUCCUGUAAUCCAUCGUCAGUAUAUUUAUUUUUUAUCUAGUAAGGAAACUAAAGAAAAAUUUAUGAAGAACCCUAUCAAAUAUAUCCGCCAACCCAAACCUAAGCCUACCGUGCCGAUUAGGAUUGCCAUUGUGGGGCCACCAAAAUCUGGGAAAACUACAGUUGCCCAAAAAAUUUCAAGUGAAUAUGGUUUAAAGCAUUUGUCAAUGGGAGAAGCUUUGCGUUAUAUAUUAAAUGAUCAACCAAAUACAGAGCUGGCACUUAUGUUAAAUUGGCAUCUUCAUAAAGGAAUGACAGCACCGGAUGAACUGGCUGUUCAAGCCUUGGAAAUAGCUCUGAUGGGAAGUGUAUGUAAUACAGUAGGUGUUGUCAUUGAUGGAUACCCUGUAACUAAAUAUCAAAUGAGUCUCUUGGAAGCUAGGGCAAUCAUUCCCAUGAUCAUCUUUGAGUUGGAUGUGCCUUCUAAGGAGAUUUUCAAAAGAUUGCUCCUCGAAAAAAAAAAGGAACAAAGUUUGCCUUAUCCAUUGCACAACAGCACGCAGAUUAUAGCCAUCAAAAAUGCAAAGCAUCACAAAAAUAUUGUUGAGAUUAGGAAAUAUUAUCAAGAACAACAUCAGAACUGGUAUGUGAUUGAUGGGUUUCACAGCAAAUGGUGGGUCUGGAAUGAAGUCAUUAAGAAAAUUCAAAUGGUGAAUAAAUAUUUGCAGAUAUACCUGGAAAGAAUAAAAGCAGGAAAAGCCGCCUGCAUUGACAGGUUAUGCAUCACGCCUCAAGAACUGAUUUCUCGCCUGGGUGAAUUUGAACAGUUCUGCCCUGUCAGCCUGGCAGAAUCACAUGAAUUAGUUGAUUGCUCUGUAACUGAGUCCUUGGAAUUUGCAGCAGAGUUCAGAGGGCACUAUUAUAAAAUGAGUUCUCGGGAAAAACUAAACAAAUUUUUGGAGAACCCAGAAUUGUAUGUGCCUCCAUUAGCACCUCACGCGCUCCCAUCGGCCGACAUGAUCCCCAAGAGGCUGACGCUGUCAGAGCUGAAGAGCCGAUUUCCCAAGUGCGCUGAGCUCCAGGGCUACUGUCCAGUAACCUAUGAGGAUGGGAGACAAAGAUAUGAAGCCCUGGUACCUGGUGACAUUAACUAUGCUUUAGAAUAUCGUGAUCGUAUAUAUAUUUGUGAGAGCAGAGAAAAACUCCAGAAAUUUUUGCGGUCGCCACUGAAGUACUGGAAUCAGAAGCUUCCAAACAAACUUCCACCGUUAAAGGAACCGAUACAUCUUACUAGCCUUCCUUUGCCAGGAUAUCUGGAACAGGGUAUCGCAACAUCUCUAAUCAAGGCAAUGAAUUCAGCAGGAUGCUUAAAGCCCAAAUUCCCCUUCUUGAGUAUAAAGAGAUCUGCGCUGCUCUAUAUAGCAUUUCACCUAAAAGCUUUUAAUCCCAAAGGUUCUGAAUAUACAAGAAAAAAGUAUAAGAGGAAGAUGGAACAGUUUAUGGAGAGAUGUGAGCUCAUCACAUAUCUGGGUGCCAAGAUGACCAGAAAAUACAAGGAACCUCAAUUCAGAGCCAUUGACUUUGAUCAUAAAUUACAGACUUUUCUCUCUCUGAGAAAUACAGACCCAGUGAAUGGGUAAUUUGCUCGGGUAACCGCAACCAGGAUCUCAAGAGUUAUCUGAAAGGGACAGAAGGCAACAGAUUGAAAAUCUGGCCCUCCCUGAUGUACUUUUCCCUCCUGAGUGAUGUUACCACGGCUGCCAGACCUCAAAUGGACUCAAAGCUCUGCCAGCCAGGAAGGAGUGCUCAUCUGUAAGCAUAAGUUUUAAUAAGAUUUUAAAGUUUAUCGCUCUUUGCCUCAACUUUGAGGCUUUCACAAAAUAGCUAUUCUAUUUAGAAUUCCCUUUAGAAUAUUUAGGUAACUUAUUUUACUUAAUAAAUCUGUUAUUCAUUUUCCUUUCUGAUAUUUUCAGUAGAAAAGUCAGUCUCUCUUACAGAAAAUUGCUCAGGAAAUGUUAGAAAGCUUCAAGAAACAAAAUUCACAUUGGUAUAAAUAAAAGGGAAAUAUUGGUUACAUUUUGAACAUAAGGAGAUGUUUGUAAACUUCAUGAACAUAAGACACUUUG